UAAAUUCUUCGAAUGUUCUCAAAUACCAACUUCAGAAGCAGCUUCCAUGAUAUCAUGCUCCCAGCCUUUUCUCAAAGUGAAAUAGAGAAUCAACUUAUUACAAUUCAGAAUUUCGAUGAAUUCAUCAGUGCUGCUGAUAGCCAAGAGGCUUGGACAACUUACUCAUUGAACGAAAAAUUCCAGUUCUUCUUCCCUGGCAUUAAUGGAAAGUUAGAGGAUACCUCUAGCUCCUCUUUCGUUUCCAGUAAGGAAGACAUGAUUUCCAGUACCAAUAGUAUUGAAUUUUACGAUAAAGAAGGGUCAGAAAAUUCUUCCAGUCUGGAAGAAGUCAAGGACACCCUUGAGUUCUUAGAGCCACUCACUUACACUGGGAUUCCCCUUAACAAAGAGAAGGAGAAGGACAGAGUCAAGCAGGAUACUAUUAAUAAAGUAUUCCUCAGAAUGAUCAGAAGAUUUUACCAUAAACUCUUUCUUCAAGAAAACUUGAAGAUGUCACGCAAGCGUUUUGUUAAUAUUGACUAUGACAAGCAACUCUCUGCUUAUCAAGAACUCAUCCAAAAAUAUCUAAAGGCAGAUAAUGGACUCGAGCUAUCAUAUUUUUUGAUAAAAUUAUGAAAUCUUAGGGCUAAGAACUCGCCUGACAACAUGAAUGAUGCUGAGCUUAAUGGAGCAGAGAUUGGCAAGCUUACCAAGAGCUUCUCCAGAGUAAAAUUCGCAGAGCUCCACAAGAAUAAGCUGUUUAGACAGCUUUUCCACUUCAUCUACCACGGCACUAUUGAGAAUGGGAGUAAAAGAUGAAUAGAUGUUCUUUUUGACCAGGAGAGCUACAAUAUUACCAAGCACAACAAGAAAUACACUAGAGCUUUCGCUAGGAUGAACUACCUGUGCCAACAGCAGGAAUAAUCAUGUUUUAAUAUCUAAUUGUUACUUAACACCAUUUCUCUG